AUGGCUUGCUGUGCUUCCCAUUACUGCCGCAGUGUCCACACCAGCCCUGCCACCACCACCUGCUCAUCUGAAAAAUGCUGCCGACGUGGAGUCGGCCUGCCCAGCAUCUGCCCACACACGGUUUAGUUACUGGAGCCAACCUGCUAUGACAGCUGUCCCCCACCAUGCCACAUUCCUCGGCCCUGUGUGCCCGCCUGCUUCGUGCUCAACUCGUCCCAGCCUACCCUAGGCCUGGAGACCCUCAACCUCACAACCUUCACUCAGCCCUGCUGUGAGCCCUGCAUCCCAAGCUGCCACUGA